AUGCCUGUUCCGAUCGAAGAGCUCGCCGAUCCGCAGUCGGACCAGCUGCAGGCCGUGGGCAAAGCGUUCGAUGCCUUGCUACUAACCCUCUACCGACUUACCAACAGACACAACGACCUCAAGCAACAUGCCGAGGAGGUCUUCAAAGAGUACUCGACCGUGACCCGCCAAUUGGCCGUGCAGGACAGGCCGCAUGCGAUGGAAGUGCAACAACGGUUACUGGAUCAACAGAAACAAUUGUGUCUAGGCCUUGUGCACAACAAACCCCCAGUCGAAGAACAAUCGCUGAAUUCAAUGGAUGUAAUCAAGACGCUCGUUUCACACCAAAAUGUAGACGAAACUGCCUUCCGAGCCAUCCUGGACGGAGUCAAGGGCUACAAAGCCCUCAUCCGCUCUCAAGAUGGCUCCUCUCCCAACUCCAACACGAACUCGUGCAUCCUCGCUCGAGGCCCGGACCCGUCGGUGUCGCUGGAACAGGACUUCACCACCAACGGGACCCAAGGCAGCCUGCACUGUCCCUUCUCCAAGCCGCGCUCGCCACGCCCCGGCGGCUCCGUGCAGAACGGCCACCCGCAAAACGGCGACGGACCGAAGAUUCGUGUCGACACCUGCGGCAAUCCAGACCUGGACCCGAUCAAGGCCGAGCAGGACGAGCGCCGGCCGAGCACAACCCCCUCAGCCCGUACUUCUGGGAGUCGGUGCCCGGUAUCUCGCUGUCCGAUCCGAUUCCUUGAUCAACAUUCUCCAGAGGAAAUUGCAGAAUAUGUGGAACGGCACAAGCAUGAAAUCCCCCGAAGCCAUGCUAUUUGCGUCAAGCGAUACCAGCGGGACCCGCAAAAUAUGCGCCAGUUGGAUGCGAAGUACGGUGGCUUGAUCAAUAUGAUCAGCGGCCUUUCCGCCAAACAUCAGGCUUUCCUACCGCAGCAGGCCAAUGGCAAUGGCGAUGCAGCCUCACACUCUGCUUCUACUGGACGAGUCGAGAAAUGGGCCGAGAACGUGGACCCGACAACUCCAGUCGCUCCUCAUGAGAACGGGAUCGAGAAUGGAGAAGACCGUAGUGCUGCUGAUAUCGGUGAGGGCGAAGAAGAUGACGAUAACAACCGCAAGAGUCACUUUGACCGGCCACUCCGUGAAGUGCGCGUGGGUGAAUCCCCAAGCAGGCCUUGGGGUAUUCCUGUGCCGCUCGCUGAACAACCCUCUGCCUCCGUCCCCUUCUCUGGCUCGGUAUCGGGUCCCAUGGCUGGCCUCAUGUCACCACCCGCUGCACCCCCCGACGCCUUGGACGCAUCUCCUGGCAAAGCCUCGACCAAGCCGGCCGGCCGAUGUCCCUUCGGCCACGGUGCUCCCAAGCCAGAGCCCGAAGCUGAGAAACCCGCCUCGCCGUGGGCUAAUUGGGGUAAAUCUAUCAAAGAGGAGCCCGUCGCCUCGCAUCCGGGUGUUGAUCCUGGCGCGCAACAGGCGCAGCAGACGCAGACACAGACGCAGAGACCAACAGAGGAAGCCUCAAAGACCGAACCUCCUCCGGCGCAUGUCACUUUCAAUGGGCCGGUCUUCUUCGGAUACUCUGCAGAACAGACAGCCAGCCUGAUGCAACAACUCGGCCAUCUCGGCGCCCCCAAACCCAACCCCUAA